AUGUUAGGGACUGUGAAGAUGGAAGGGCACGAGAGCAGCGACUGGAACAGCUACUAUGCGGACACACAGGAGGCCUACUCCUCCGUCCCGGUCAGCAACAUGAACUCGGGUCUGGGCACCAUGAAUUCCAUGAACACCUACAUGACCAUGAACACCAUGAGCACGAGCGGCAACAUGACCCCGGCUUCGUUCAACAUGUCCUACGCAAACCCGGGCCUGGGAGCCGGGCUGAGCCCCGGGGCGGUGGCUGGCAUGCCCGGCGGCUCUGCGGGCGCCAUGAAUAGCAUGACGGCGGGCGUGACGGCCAUGGGGACGACGCUGAGCCCAGGCGGCAUGGGGGCUAUGGGCGCGCAGCCGGCGGCCUCCAUGAAUGGCCUGGGGCCCUACGCGGCCGCCAUGAACCCGUGCAUGAGCCCCAUGGCGUACGCGCCGUCCAACCUGGGCCGCAGCCGCGCUGGCGGCGGCGGCGGCGACGCCAAGACUUUCAAGCGCAGCUACCCUCACGCCAAGCCGCCCUACUCGUACAUCUCUCUCAUCACCAUGGCCAUCCAGCAGGCGCCCAGCAAGAUGCUCACGCUGAGCGAGAUCUAUCAGUGGAUCAUGGACCUCUUCCCCUAUUACCGGCAGAACCAGCAGCGCUGGCAGAACUCCAUCCGCCACUCGCUCUCCUUCAACGACUGCUUUGUCAAAGUGGCCCGCUCCCCGGACAAGCCGGGCAAGGGUUCCUAUUGGACGCUGCACCCGGACUCCGGCAACAUGUUCGAGAACGGCUGUUACUUGCGCCGCCAGAAGCGCUUCAAGUGCGAGAAGCAGCCGGGCCCCGGGGGCGGGAGCGGCAGCGGCGGCCCCAAGGGUGGCCCAGAGAGCCGCAAGGACCCCUCGAGCGCUGCCAACCCCAGCGCCGACUCGCCCCUUCAUCGCGGUGUGCACGGGAAGGCCGGCCAGCUAGAGGGCGCGCCGGCCCCCGGGCCCGCCGCCAGCCCCCAGACUCUGGACCACGGCGGGGCGGCGGCGACAGGGGGCGCCUCGGAGUUGAAGACUCCAGCCACCUCGGCUGCUCCUCCGAUCAGCUCUGGGCCCGGGGCGCUGGUAUCUGUGCCCCCCUCCCACCCGGCGCAUGGCCUGGCACCCCACGAGUCCCAGCUGCACAUGAAAGGGGACCCUCACUACUCCUUCAACCAUCCUUUCUCCAUCAACAACCUCAUGUCCUCCUCGGAGCAGCAGCACAAGUUGGACUUCAAGGCGUACGAGCAGGCACUACAGUACUCGCCCUAUGGCAGCGCAUUGCCCGCCAGCUUGCCCCUCGGCGGCGCCUCGGUGGCCACGAGGAGCCCCAUUGAGCCCUCAGCCCUGGAGCCAGCCUACUACCAAGGUGUGUAUUCCAGACCCGUUCUAAACACUUCUUAG